GCUCAUCUUCUUUCCACUGAACCCAUUUCGUGGCUCUCAUCUCUCUCCCCCAUCUUUCUUCUCCGAGCCAGAGAAACCCUAAGGGGAGCCAGCAAUGGCGACCACUCCUCAAGCUUCACUUCUCUGUAAGCCUUCUCUGUAUCUUCCUUCUCUUUCUUCUCUCGCGAAACAGCGUCUUCAACACUCUUCUUUUCUCUCGUCCCGUUCACUCUCUCGCUCUUCCGCCUUUCUUCGUUUCCGAUUUCACCGCCGGCGAUUCUUGAUUCCUUGCACAUUGCAUCCGGAUAACGUUAAUUCGGAUUCUGGAUUGGAUGCGAGUUCGGAUUCUGAUGCUGGUGGUUUCAAAUUUGAUAGCUUUCAUGGUGAGAGUUCAGUUUCGGAUUUAAACAAAGAGGGAAUUGAUGGGUUAGAUGAAAGUUCGGAAAUUGAAGUCAGUGCGGAAGGGGGAGGGGCGAAUGUGGUGGUGGUGGAGAGUGAAGGGCGGAAUGAGGGAUUAAGGGGAAAGGAGGGGGCGAACAGGAAAUUUAAGGUGAUGGUGUUUUUUAUGGGAGUUUGGGCGAUGUUGAGGAGAGGAGUGGAGAAGGUUUUGGCUUGGGAUUGGCUAAGUCGGUUGCCGUUUUGGCACCAAGAGAAGCGGCUCGAGAAGCUGAUUGCAGAGGCUGACGCCAAUCCCAAGGACGCUGUCAAGCAGAGUGCUUUGCUGGUUGAGCUCAAUAAGCAUAGUCCCGAGUCUGUCAUCAAGCGUUUUGAGCAAAGGGACCAUGCAGUGGACAGUAGAGGUGUUGCAGAAUACCUUAAAGCUCUUGUAGUCACUAAUGCCAUUGCAGAAUAUCUUCCAGAUGAGCAAACUGGAAAGCCUUCUAGUCUUCCUACUCUGUUGCAAGAGUUAAAACAGCGAGCAUCAGGGAACAUGGAUGAGCCCUUCUUGAGCCCUGGAAUUUCUGAGAAGCAACCUCUCCAUGUUGUGAUGGUUGACCAUAAAGUUUCAACCAAAUCAAGAUUUGCACAAGAGCUUAUUUCAACCGUAUUGUUCACUGUCGCUGUUGUAUUGGUGUGGUUAAUGGGUGCUGCAGCACUUCAAAAAUAUGUAGGAAGCUUGGGUGGAAUAGGAACUUCAGGUGUUGGAUCAAGUUCCUCUUAUGCCCCCAAGGAGUUGAAUAAAGAAGUGACGCCAGAGAAGAAUGUUAAAACAUUUAAGGAUGUCAAAGGAUGUGAUGAUGCAAAACAAGAGCUUGAGGAAGUGGUGGAGUAUCUCAAAAACCCAGGAAAGUUCACUCGCCUUGGAGGGAAAUUGCCAAAGGGAAUCCUUUUGACUGGAGCACCUGGAACUGGAAAAACUCUCCUUGCCAAGGCUAUUGCUGGAGAAGCUGGGGUGCCUUUCUUCUACAGGGCAGGGUCUGAAUUUGAGGAAAUGUUUGUUGGAGUUGGUGCUCGGCGUGUGAGAUCCUUAUUUCAAGCAGCUAAGAAAAAGGCUCCCUGCAUCAUUUUCAUUGAUGAAAUAGAUGCUAUUGGAUCUACGCGAAAACAAUGGGAAGGUCAUACAAAGAAAACAUUGCACCAACUGCUUGUUGAAAUGGAUGGUUUUGAACAGAAUGAGGGAAUAAUAUUGAUGGCUGCAACAAAUCUACCUGAUAUUCUUGAUCCCGCUUUGACAAGACCUGGUAGAUUUGACAGGCAUAUCGCUGUUCCAAAUCCAGAUGUGAGAGGUCGUCAAGAGAUUUUGGAGCUCUAUCUACAGGAUAAACCUUUGGCUGAUGAUAUAGAUGUUAAAGCAAUUGCCCGAGGCACCCCUGGAUUCAAUGGAGCUGAUCUUGCAAACUUGGUGAAUAUUGCUGCGAUUAAAGCUGCUGUUGAAGGCGCGGAUAAAUUGACAGCUGCACAGCUGGAGUUUGCAAAAGACCGGAUUAUUAUGGGUACAGAGCGUAAAACAAUGUUCUUAUCAGAGGAGUCAAAGAAGCUCACUGCUUAUCAUGAGAGUGGCCAUGCAAUUGUUGCUUACAAUACUGAGGGUGCACAUCCAAUUCACAAGGCAACAAUCAUGCCACGUGGAUCUGCACUAGGAAUGGUUACACAGCUCCCUUCAAGUGAUGAGACAUCAAUUAGUAAAAAGCAACUAUUAGCUCGUCUUGAUGUCUGUAUGGGAGGAAGAGUUGCAGAAGAGCUCAUCUUCGGUCAGGACCAUGUCACAACAGGGGCAAGUAGUGAUCUUAACACAGCCACAGAACUUGCUAAAUAUAUGGUAUCAAAUUGUGGAAUGAGCGAUGCAAUUGGGCCAGUUCAUAUUAAAGAGAGACCAAGUUCAGAAAUGCAAUCCCGCAUUGAUGCUGAAGUAGUGAAACUCUUAAGAGAAGCGUAUGAUCGUGUAAAAGCCUUGUUAAAGAAGCAUGAAAAGGCAUUACAUGCGCUAGCAAACGCGCUUUUAGAGUGUGAAACACUUAACGCAGAAGAAAUAAAACGCAUUCUUCUCCCAUAUCGGGAAGGAGGACUACCAGAGCAACAAGUACAGGAAGAAGGGGAUCUGGUUUUGGCUUAAGCUUCAGCUCUUGAUGUUUCUCUUUUGAAUGUGGGGGAAUUCUGUACAGUAUAUUUACAGCACUACAGGUGAUUAUUUGCACAAUUUCUUUGCAAAUUUCCCCAUAAUCAUCAUAAGAUGUGUUAUAUGUAGUCAGUUUAACAUCCUAGGCAUCUUAUGAAAUGAUCGGUCUUUGUUUGCACACAGCGCUCAAACAACCUAGAAGAACAGAAAUCUUGUAUUAUUUAUGAAAUCAUGUAUUGUUUGAAUUCUACCCGAUUCAGGGUAAAAUUUUGAAUUGUAGAAUAUAACUCAGACCAUACUAAUUGUUGAGAAAAAUCAUAUUUAGUGCCCUCGCCAUGCACACAUUUGUUGUUCUUCGUUUGGCAUUCUGAAAGAUCAUCCUGUCUGUACUUGAUAAUUCUUCAAUGCAACGUGAUACAACAGCUAAUAAAAAGCCGAAAGAUUA